GGCUGAAAUGUUAUCGUAGCUGGUAGCUGUCAAAUAGAAUUGAGAUUUCUUUUAUUUUCGCAAUGAAUUGUAAUUUACCGUUUGUGAAUUUAUAAAAAUAAUGGUUGCAAUUUAUAUCAAUGAACUUGUGUAAGUUGCCAAUAUGAACGGGUUAAGUUUCAGUGAACUUUGUUGUCUGUUUUGUUGUCCGCCAUGCCCAGGAAAAAUUGCGGCUAAGCUUGCAUUCCUACCCCCUGAACCCACGUAUUCGUUUACUCCAGACGAGACAGGAUCUAAAUUUUCAUUAACAUUUACCGACCGAGCCGAGUGGCAAUACUCCGAACGCGAGAAAGAGAAUAUUGAGGGAUUUUAUUCGAGAACCUCUAGAGGCAAUAGAAUCGCUUGCCUCUUUGUUCGUUGCAGCCCCAAUGCUCGGUUUACUAUAUUGUUUUCUCAUGGAAAUGCUGUAGAUCUGGGACAGAUGAGUAGCUUCUACUUAGGACUAGGUACUAGAAUAAAUUGUAAUAUAUUCAGUUAUGAUUAUUCUGGUUAUGGGGUGAGUGGAGGAAAGCCAUCAGAGAAGAACUUGUACGCUGACAUAGACGCUGCCUGGCAAGCUUUGCGAACAAGAUAUGGAAUAAGUCCAGAGAAUAUUAUACUGUAUGGUCAGAGUAUUGGUACUGUGCCCACAGUAGACUUAGCUGCCCGAUACGAGGUUGGAGCUGUGGUGCUCCAUUCGCCGUUGAUGUCUGGGAUGCGCGUCGCGUUUCCGAAUACCAAAAGAACAUGGUUCUUUGAUGCAUUUCCCAGCAUUGACAAAAUUCCCAAAGUUACUUCACCAGUUCUAGUGAUACAUGGAACUGAAGACGAGGUGAUAGAUUUCUCUCAUGGACUAGCUAUCUAUGAGCGGUGUCCCAGAGCUGUGGAGCCCUUAUGGGUUGAGGGCGCUGGUCACAAUGAUGUGGAAUUAUUUAACCAAUAUUUGGAAAGACUGAAACGUUUUGUUUCUGUUGAGUUGCUCAACUGACAAAGACUGCCGGCCACAGGCCAAACUACUCAAGGUGAUGACCAAAAUCCUGCGUCAACUCUGAGCUCCGGGACUUCGAGCUCGGCGACCGAGAGACUCCUCUAGCUAGCGGGGGCCGGGCCCAGCCGGGCCGGCCCCGAAAAACCUAUCGUCAAGCUCGACGGCUCCGCGAGCCCCCAUACUGUAGAAAAAAACUCCGACAGCAAGGGACCAGACUCCGACAUCGUGCGGAGCCCGC